GGUGGUGAAAAUGGCCGCGACCAUUCAGGACUCACGUGCGAGUGCAGGGAAAAAGCUGAAAAACUCCCUAAAAAAGAAGAAGAAGAUGAAAGUGAUAGCCAGGGCUACAUCAUCUAAGCUGGAAGAUGAGGACAAAGACGCUGCCGACGGGGGAGGUUCUGUAGGAAGCUGUGGGUUGGAAGAGGAUGACUUUUCUUCUGAUAAUGAAGCAGUAGACGCUGACAAUGAGGAGGAGGUCGAACCCUGUGACCGAGGCAAUGAAAAUGCAGCCGAAUCUAGUGUUGGGACAGAUCCAGGCUGGGCAGAUGCCAUGGCGAAAAUUCUGAACAAAAAAACUCCUAAAACUAAACCCGGCAUUCUGAUGAAAAACAAAGAGCUGGAAAAGGAGAAAGAAACGUUGAAACGAGAGAGACUGGAGAAAAGAAAACAGCUUGAUAGGAGGCGGGAGUGGGAGAUGAUGUGCAGAGUCCAGCCAGAUGUUGUCAAAGACAAAGAAACGGAGAGAAAUCUGCAGAGAAUUGCAACAAGGGGUGUGGUGCAGUUAUUUAAUGCUGUUCAGAAGCAUCAAAAGAACGUUGAUGAAAAAGUUAAAGAAGCUGGAGGCUCUAUUAGAAAGCGUGCUAAGUUGAUAUCAACUGUUUCUAAGAAAGAUUUCAUCAGUGUUCUUCGAGGGACAGAUGGAAGUACAAAUGAGAAAAGUUCUGCUGGGAAGAAGUCGAAAGCCAAACAGACUGAAGUAAAAUCAGAAGAGAGUCCGGGAUGGAACAUCUUCCGUGAUGAUUUCAUGAUGGGAGCAUCUAUGAGAGACUGGGACAAGGAGAGCGACGGGUCAGCUGACAGCCAGCCCGGGGCCACAAGUUAGUCGGACACGCGGUGCAGGAAGGACAAUCUGUAAUCGUUCUCUUUUUCCGAGAAGAAUACUUCAUGCUCUGAAAGCUGAGGAAUUAUAAGGAUACCAUUUAUAAGAAAACCAAAGGACUUUUAUCAACUUUGAUGUCUCCCCUUUUCACAUUAAACUUUGUUAAAAUUAUGUUUUCAAAUUUUGUAUAGUUUUUAGCGUGGUUCGUCAAAACAUUUUGUAAAAGUAAACGUAUCUACUUGACAAAAUAUCAAAAA